GAAGGGCAAUGUUGCUGUUAUAUGUGACUAACUUGGGUUUAUCUCCUAAGCAUGCUUGCUGAGGAAGUAUUCAAGAUUUUGUUAAAGAUCAUUUCAAGUCAUGUUUGCGUCCUUGGCUUCCGAUAAUGGUUUUAUUAAUUUAGAUAGGAUUUCUCAUGUGUUAGGUUGAUCAUAAAUCCGAGCCUGACUAUCUGUGUACUUGUCCUGCAUGUGGGGGCAAUCUGAGUUUAAGAAGCAAGAGUUAUUUUUUUCUCUCAAUUUUUUGCAUACUUAGUUUACAUAAUCUAUAUGUUGCUGGUGUCGUCUGUUAGCAAUUUGAUUUGUUAAAACUUAAUUUCUCUCUAUAAAAUUUUGGUGCCAGAAUUCACAAAACUACAACUGUUCCCCAUGCCAUAGUUCCUUUCAUAGUAAUCUAAACAUUUUGCAUUUUCAGCACCAGAUGUGAUCUGGGUUUAUCUGGACUUGUACUUUUUAAAAGUUUCAAAUGUAAUGGCCUUAACUAUAGUAGCUGGAUUUAUGAAGAUUUCUUUAACAGGACAAUCUCAAAUUGUAUUGAACCUGUUCAAAUUGGGACAUGUUACAGAUAAACACUGAAUUGUUGAAGAGCUUGAGUGAAGUUUAAGUAGUGCACUAUCACACGGUGAAAAAGUCCUAGCAACUUUAUCUGCAAUCGAUCAGUGGUUCUGAUGGAGACCAAGGUUGAAGGGAACCAAUUGCCAACUCGACCUAAAUGGAGAAAAGUGGCAUAUGGAGGGAUGCAACAAGGAUAUGAUGACAACUACACUGAUGAGUCUUUCCUUGAAGAUAUGGUCAUGAAUGCCAAUGUGGUGAAGCGGGACAUGUUGAAGGUGAUGCAGGAUUCUGUUUGUAUCUCUCAGUAUCUGUGCAUUGUUGCUCUUGUGGUCUGUGUUUGGACUUACAUGCUUGGUUCCACCAUUGAUGUGACUUCUCUCAUGCUGCUUGAUGUGAGCCUUCUUGGAGUAGGAUUCUUAGUGCUGCUUGUCACUACAAAGAGGGUCUCCAUUAGUCUUCUCUCUCAUUAUCUCCUCAACGUUGCCUUCUUUGUAAGCGGGCUGUAUGUUUUGGCUCCUAUUUACCACACUCUCACUAGGUCCAUCAGCUCAGACACCAUUUGGGCACUCACAGCAUCACUUCUUGUAGUCCAUCUCUUUUUGCAUGACUACGCAGGGUCCACAAUAAGGCCACCUGGGGCUUUGAACAAUCCAACCUUCACUAGCAAUGUCUCUUUAAAUGCUUCUAUUGUGGCUUCUGUUUUAAUUGCUUCUCGCCUCCCGUCAAGGCUUCAUGUGUUUGCCAUUAUGCUUUUCUCCUUGCAGGUCUUCCUUUUUGCCCCACUGGUUACGUAUUGUAUCAAGAAGUACUCCCUUAGGCUGCACCUUUUAUUUUCUUUUUGGUUGAUGAUUGUGACCUUAGGGUUGGUCUUCACAUUGCAGCGGCUGCUGUUUGCAUUGUUACUAGGUCUUUUGGUAUUUGUCACAGUUGUAUGCCCUUAUUGGCUUAUAAAGAUACAAGAGUACAAGUUUGAGAUAAAUGGUCCUUGGGAUGAGGCAAAGCUUUGCUUUGAUAUAACAGAAUGACAUAUUGUUUUUGAGGUUCAGAAGUUUCAGAAGAGCUUUGUAGAUUAGCAUGAAUUCAGGCUGUCUGGUCACCUAUGAGCUCUUCCAUUUGCAUUGCUCAUUUUUGUAUUUUGUGUGAUGAUGCUUGCAAUUCAUUGAUCACUGGUUCAUAGGCUGUCUUCUCAGAGAGAAGUGGUCAAAGAUCUUUGAAAGACUUGAUGUUCAGAGCAUCAAUUUCUUCCCUUGGCUUCCCCGGAGAUUAUCUUGAUACGUUCCAAAUUCAGUGGUAAAAAUGUUUCUUUUACAGAGUGUUUAUUAAUGUAAUGUAAUGUUUGCAUUUAUUUGAUGACCAAAACAAGAAAAUCAUCCAGACCUGUAGAUUUGCCUCUGUUGCCAUUGAGAAAAUAUUGAUGAUCUUCAGUUUCCAUUGUGAAGCUAGGCUGUACAAACAGUUGAGAUAUUAUUCUGAUGUACAUUCUAAUUCAGGUUGUUGAAGGACAAUCAUGAAGCAGAGUAAAAGAGAAAUGCCAUUGCAUCUCCACUUUUUUCUAAUUCUCGACUCUGAUAUGUUAGUGGCUUUGUCAGGUUGAGCCUUAUUUUGAUUAAGGCCAUCUGUAAGACAUGCCAAAGGCAACAUUUCAAGGAAUUCAAUAGUUGACCAGAGUUUGUAAUGUUAUAAAGCUUGAAAAUCGUGAGAAUAGGAUCAACUAAAGAAGGGCCAAUUCCA